AUGGAGUCAUCUCCAACUCCGUCUGACCCGAGUUUAUUUGACACUCUUAGUGACGAUCUCAUGAUUCUAAUCUUCCAGCGACUUGCCUCUAACAGCGUCUCCUUCUCGCACGCCGUUGUCUGCUCGCGAUGGCUCCGGCUAGCGCGCGUUUCGCAGUCUGCAGUCCACGUGGCACGGCGGCGGGAAAUCUCCGGCGCGCAGCUGAUCCGCGCAGUAUCGCGCAUGCCGAACCUCACGUCCCUCGAUCUCUCCAAUCGCAGCGUGGACUCGAUCACCGACGCUUUUCUCGCAGGGCUCGCUAACGCGUGUCCGCAGUUAUCAUCUCUCUCCCUCACGGCCGGAGGACACGGGACCCCCCUCUCUCACUCCUCACUGGGUCUCGAAGCCCUUUUCUCCACGUGUACGCGUUUGCAGCAGCUCCGCUUGCACGGCACAGCAGCUGGGGUCACCGCUCUCCCGUCACCCUUACUCCAUCUGCAGCAGCUGAAGACCUUCCAUCUCUCCAUGGACCAUCUUCAAGAGCUUCCUCCGGCCUUUGGCCUCCUCUCCUCCCUCACUCACCUCAAUCUCCACACUCCCCUCCUUAAAUUCCUUCCUCCGACCCUGGGCAAAUUGAGCAACCUAGAAUACUUUGAACUUGUCGAUUGCGACUCUCUCGUUUCUCUGCCCGAGUGUAUCGGGCAGCUGUCAAGGCUCAGCGAUCUGAGCGUGAGCAGCAGCAGCUUGGUCCUCCUCCCUGAUUCCAUCUCCCUCCUCUCCCUCACUUCUCUCGAUCUCAUCCUCCCUGCACUCUCUCUCCUCCCAGCAUCACUCGGCCACUCCUCCCUCUCCACCUCUCUCUCCCUCCUCGCCCUCACCAUCUGCACCACACUCCACUCCCUCCCUGCGUCGCUCCCAUCCCUGCACAUGCUUAAAACAAUCGAGAUAAGCCAAUGCUCCUUGUCAGCCCUUCCAGACGACUUUGGAUUCUUGCCAUCUCUUCAGAAGCUCGAGCUGAAUGCCUGUGAGGAGCUUUCUCACCUCCCAGACUCCUUCUCCCUGCUCCCCUCCCUCGCGAACCUUUCAAUCACUGGUUGCCCGAGCCUGCUCUCCCUGCCCGAGAAUUUCGGGCAACUGUCCUGCCUGAAAAGCUUUGAACUCUGCAGUGUGGCGAAAGUUACGUGUCUUCCGGUCUCGUUUGGGCAGCUGGAAGCACUGCAGGAGUUGAAAAUUUCAGACUGUCCGGCACUGCAGGAGUUACCAUCAUCACUCGGCAAAAUCUGUUCCCUGGAAUGCAUCGCAAUCAGCAGAUGCGGCCUUUUGAAUAGUCUCCCAUCCAGCAUCGUCAUGCUUCCACGCCUUCAGGAACUCACCAUUCGCCGGUGUUCCAGUCUUCAGUCUCUCCCAGACUCGUUCAGCGCUCUUUCAUUGCUAAAGAGUCUUGUGAUUGAAGAUUGCAAGGGCAUAACCUUCCUUCCUGUGGGCCUUGGACAGAUGCCAAAUCUGCAGAUGCUGAAGGUGGUGGGGUGUGCAGAAAGCUAUAUUCUUUAUAGGCAAUUGUUGGGCCUUUACCUCGAGAACGAGAAUUUGUUCAAUGGGGAAGGGCAUGAUUUGGGUCGCACUGAUAGUGGGAUAGUGUGGUGA